AUGUCGAACAACAGGCUAGUUAACCUCUUAAAGCAAUCAAAGCCUUAUUUGGCUGUCAUCUUGUUGCAAUUUGGCUAUGCAGGCUCAUCCAUAAUUACCAAGUAUGCUCUUGAUAAAGGUGUGAAUCAUUACACUUUUGUCCUCUAUGCAAAUGCCAUUGCAGGAAUCUUCUUUGCUCCUUUUGCCCUCUUCUUCGAAAGGAAAAGAAGGCCAAAGUUGACCCCUUCCAUUUUCUUAAAGAUAUUCGUGCUAGGAUUAUUGGAGGCCGGUAUCGACCAAAACUUGUUUUAUGCAGGCAUGCAAUACACAACUGCAACUUUUGCAACAGCAUUGUGCAAUAUUCUUCCUGCUAUUACCUUUGUGUUAGCUUGGAUCCUCAGGCUUGAGAAUGUGAAUAUAAGGGCAUUACACAGCCAGGCAAAGAUUUUGGGAACAUUAGUGACAGUUGGUGGUGCAAUGAUGAUGACACUUGUUAAAGGACCUAAAAUACUGUUGCCUUGGACCCAAGAGAGAGGCCACAUUCAAUCUACAACUGCUGCUACUCAUCAACAUCCUAUUAAGGGUGCUAUCAUGAUAACAGCAGCUUGCUGCUUCUGGGCCUGCUUUUUCACCCUUCAGGCAAUUACGUUGAGAUCAUACCCUGCUGGACUCUCUCUCACAUCCAUGAUUUGCUUGAUGGGAGCAUUGCAAUGUGCUGUAUUGACCCUAGCGGUUGAAAGAAGCAACACUGCAGUAUGGGCAUUAAACUGGGAUAUCAAACUCUUAGCUAUUGUCUACAAUGGGAUCAUCUGUACUGGAAUUGGUUAUUACCUUUCUGGAGUAAUCAUGAAGGAAAAAGGACCUUUCUUUGUCACUGCUUUUAAUCCUCUAAGCUUGGUUAUUGUUGCAAUUAUGGGGUCAUUUCUCUUGGCUGAGCAGCUACUCCUUGGAAGUGUUUUGGGAGCAUGCACCAUAGCUGUUGGACUGUACCUGGUAAUAUGGGGUAAGAGUGAUAAUCGAGACUCUCCUGUAUUGAGCAAUGCUGAAGAAGGUAGCUCCAGUUGAUCAGCAACCGUCUACAACUAUCAGAGCAAUUCCUGCUAAAGAAGACAAUUCAGCAUGGUAGAAGAAAGAACCCAAACAAGUGCAAGAAAGAAAAGGUAAAAGACACAUGAGAAAGGGAGACAAGCACCUAUUAUAUAUCGUGAUUUAGCAUUUAAAACAUGCAUUAUUACUAAGUAAAUUCAUCUUUAUUGUUCUGAUUA